AACUCAAGUAACGUUAAAAUACCACUUAUAUUAUUUGGUAGUUACCUCCUAUAGAGUACUAUGUACUUACAUUAGUUACACGUUACAUUUGGAGUAACGAGCCAGAGAUACUGAUUAGCAGAUUAGUGCAGUUGUGGGUACCAUGACGACGAGCGCUCGUGCGUAUUAAGGAGAAUGCUGCUCUCUGAUUGGCUAAAAGCUUAGGGCACGAAGUCCUUCAUGCAGGUAUGACAGACAGAGCCGCUUCACUCUUUACCGCGUCUUCACUCGAGAUGGAUGACUGACUAACGCACCGGAGAUUCAGACAGUGAAACACAACAAUCUGUGCCGCUAACCUUGGAUAACUAGGGCACUAAGAUGCCCAAAAGCGAUACCUGGCCCGGUGGCAUUGGAUUGGAGACGAUGACCGGCAUGGACAGCGCUGGCAGCUGUGACAGUGUUGUCAGUGCCAAUUCUGGCUUUAGUGAUGAUAGUCUGGACCACCUGUCUGCUGAAGAGAAGGCCUGUCUCAUGUUUUUGGAGGAGACUAUUGAGUCUUUGGAUACUGAGGAGGACAGUGGACUGUCCAAUGACGAAUCCGACCAACUGCCCAACCCUGGAAACCUUGCUACCAAACUGGCUGACCUGUCAGCCUCCAUGAGCAAAAGCAAGCUCAAUGGUGCCACUAAGGAACCUACAAAAGACAAUGUUGAUACCAAACCCAUGCAGAGGUACCUGGUUCCAACACCUCUUGUUAUGGCAAGCAGCUCUGUAUGUUCUAUACCCACUGUUAAGAUGGGUGUAUCUCCAGACAAGAACCUCUGCUCACACAUCACUUCUUCCAGCAAAAAAUCUAGUCACAAACACAACCAGGAACCUGGUUCUCCUCAAGUACCUUUAGAAGUUAAUGUUGUCAUACCUCCUCCAACUAAACCCAGGGACUACUCGGUUAGGCCAGCUGAAUGUCCUUUACCUAGAGGUCCUUUGUCUUAUGAAGCACUUGUUCACCUGCGGAGGAGUGCCUCCACAAAGAAGACGCCUUUAUGUCCCACAGUUGAUCACACUAUAGACUUGAACAAUCACCUUCCUAUUACAGUUGAAGGCCCAAACCAUCUUAGUAUGCCAAGAUCUGACAGAUCCCACUCAGAGGUUUCUAUGUCUAAGAAAGGUCCUCCAGUUGUGGCCCCCAAACCCAAAAGGAUUCCUGCCAACAUACCUGUGAAAACAGAAAAUGAAGCAUCCAUGACCUCAGACUCUUCAUACAAUGUUAAGCAUGCACCAGAUCCCCAGGUUGUGAGACUGGAAGCUCUGAAGAAGCUGGGCCUCCUGAAAGGCCAACAGCCAGAAAAUGAGACCCCAGGUCCAUCUAAUGUUAAUCCGUCAAGAAGCCCAUCAUUUUCUUAUUCUCAAGUGCACUCAGAGCCCAAGAACAGACCUCUGCAGAGCAGUGCCAGUUUUAAUCACUCCUCCAGACAUGACCAACACCCUGCGUCUGUACCACAUCCCAUUCAAUGUAACGGACGAAAGGCAGCUGGCCUAGAGCGCUCUGCUACGAUGGACAACCACAGAAAAGGUGAAAACUGUCUGGAACCACGGCACAUCACAGCCACCAAACCGGUGAAAACCACUGUUGCAGCUCAGCCUGUACCCCACAAACCCUCAAACUCAGUCGGAUAUACUGUGAUGAUGACGCCAGGGAUGGGAGCUGACCGAAAAGAAGCACUCCGAAAGCUUGGACUGCUCAAAGACUAAAACAAAUAAAUAGGCAGUAGUUUGCCUGCAUAAAUACAGUGCUCAGAAAGAGUUCAAGACUACCAUCAGCUUAAAAAAAGUUAGAGCAUUAAGCGGGAACUUGGCACCUGGCACCUUGGCAAACGAAAGCAGAAGAGGAGGAAGGAGAGGAAGAAUAAAACAAAAGAGCAAUACCAGCACUUUUAAUGUGGGUUGCAGUUAUUUACUUACUUGAGAGCAGUUUUUUUUCUCAACUAUUGUUCCUCUGUAGGUUUCAAGAGUAUCCGAAAAAGCACCUUACACACUACAACCCCCUGAGGAUCUAUGGUAUGUCAAUGACAUGUAAUCAGAAUCUCUUAUUGUGUUAACUAUGAUAAAUUUCUGUUAGAUAUGACUUGAUCAGGUACAACAAGACACCAAAUAAACCUAAAAACAGCUGUGGAAAAAAGUAAGCAGUUUAAACUUGAAUACAGUUUUCUAAUGGUGUGGUUUUCCAUUAUUCUUGUUCCUUCCUCAGUAUAUUGUUCAAAACACGGUGCUCCACUGUACUUUGACUUAAAGGAAGCAAAUCAGCAUUUUUACAUAAUUGUUUCAUAAUUCACAGAUGUGCCUAUAUGUGGACUGUUGGGUACAUUCCUUGGAACAAUCAGUUUAUGCAGCUAAAACAAGAUUGUAAAACUAAAGUUUUAAAGUGUUUGAGUGAUUUUUCAGUGUUUUCUAAUCUUUAGGUGCUACCAACAGUACAUUAUUUUUGAGAUCUGAUGUAUCGAUAGCUCACUGAUUGGUUUCUACUAGUGUUUUAUACAGUAAAUAUGGUUUAGGUGUUUUUAAAAAUGUGACAAAUAUCUGUGAAACUGCCUUUGUUGACUAAAUACUGGAGAUGUUAAUACAGAAUAAGAUAUUUUUACCUCCGCUU